CAACAGUUCAUUUCUGAUCAAGUUACGCAUAAUCAUCCCACCCAUAUUGGGCCGACCAUGGAUGUGCAACAACUCUUCAGAAAUCUUCAGAAAGAAGCAGAGUGUCCGUUGUGUUUAGAGACAGUUAACAAUCCCAAGACUUUGCCAUGUCUUCACUCAUUCUGCCUUGAGUGUCUCGACAAACAUGCAGGCUUCGCUAGAAGGCAGAUGCAAGUGACGAUAAAAUGUCCGGUUUGUCAGACAUCUUUUCAAAUCCCCGAAGGCGACUCGUUCAAGAACUUGCCCACAUCUUAUCAUCUCAACCAAUUGGUGGAUGUUCUGGCUCUUAAAGAUAGAGGCGCACAGGCCCAGAAAUGCGGCAGUUGUGAUGAGAACAGCACUGCUUCCUUGUACUGUUUCGUGUGCCAGAACUUUCUAUGCACUCCUUGUUUUGAAGCUCACCAACGCUUGAAGGCCACAAGAGGUCAUCGCAAUGUUGUGGUAGAGAAAUUACAAGCACAAGAUGUGGAAGAUUUGAUUCACAGACCCGUCAUGUGUUCACAGCAAUAUCACGAAAAUCAACCGCUGGAAUUUUAUUGUGAAGAAUGCAAAGUUCUUAUUUGCCACAAGUGCAGUGUGGUUGUCGAGUAG